AUGGCGUAUUUUAACUCCCCUUACACCCCCUCCUCUUCCUCUGACGACGAGCACCGGAGGACCUACCAUCUCUUCAACCCAUAUGAAUCCGUCCAGCACGCUUCCGCCAUGCCCGUCCACCAGUUCAUCUACGACCUCCCCAGCUCCCCGGAGCUCCUCUUCGCCGAGGAGGCUGCCCUCCAGGGCCGCACCUGGGGCCACAGACUCGGAUUAUACACCGGGACGGCGUACCUCGCCGGCGCUGCCCUCGGGGCCGCCCGGGGCUCCGCCGCCGGCCUCCGCGAGGCCGAUCCCGGCGAGUCGCUGAAGCUCCGGGUCAACCGGGUCCUCAACUCCUCUGGACAGGCCGGGCGGCGGCUGGGGAACUCCCUGGGGGUCCUUGGCCUCAUCUUCGCCGGGCUGGAGAGCGGGAUCAGCACCUGGACGGGGAACGACGGGGUCCUGAGCACCGUGGCCGCGGCGGUGAGCACGGGGGCGGUGUACAAGGCCGCGGCGGGGCCGAGGUCGGCGGCCAUCGCCGGGGCGAUCGGAGGGCUGGCGGCGGGUUUCGCUGUCGUAGGGAAGCAGGCGGUCAAGAGAUACGUUCCCAUCUAA